AGGAAAGUGAUGCCUCUUUGCCAAACCACGCAUAGAGGUUAGUCGCUAAUGAUCCUCCGGCCAGCGUGGUAGCCAGACCGCCCCAUUCAGCUACUUAUCGCCUGCUCGCCGUUAGUCAUCGCCGCAGGCUGCUGAAAAAGACUGCUCAUCAUCUUCUGCAUAUCAUACGGAGAUCCCUUAGGAAGUAACUUCAGGAUUCAGAAACAAGCUUCUCAUGUUAAUAUCAGCAGGAGAUCGACGCAGGACGCUAUACUGGGCAAAUAAAAAGUGAAUAUUCGAAAUAUGCCUGUUGGUACAGGACGAAAUUCCAUUGCCAGAGGACAGUCGCAGCAAGGUGUAGUGAGGACAGCUUAUAGACAGCCCAGCACACAAGCUAUGAAUCGCACAACUACGAUAUCACAGCAACAGCAGCUGCAAUACCAGCAACAUCUGCAACUACUGCAUCGCCAGCAGCAGCAGCAGGUGGAGCAGCAGCAGCAGCAGCAGCAGCAGCAACUGCUACAACAGCAACAGUUGCAACAGUUACAGCAACGACUGCAGCUGCAACAACAGCAGCAACUGCAGCAACAGCAGCUGCAACAACAGCAGCAACAGCAGCUGCAGCUGCAGCAACAGCAGCUGCAACAACAGCAGCAACAGCAAUGUCAACAGCGGCAAACUGUAUUACAGGUGCCAUUUCAACGAGCUCAGGGAAGUGCACAGAACUCACAGCCUCUUCAAGUGGGGGUUCAACGCAAUGGAGAGCCGCUGGUAGUGAGGUUGGUAUCAGGCCAACAGUGGCCUGCACUGGCAGGUAGUCAACCUGGACCAUCGCGACAGAUAGUGUUAAACCAAAAUGCAAUGGGAACACGAGUAGUGCGCCUGCAGCUCCAGUCUGCAACACCAUACCAGACUCUGGUUCAGAACCACACUGGACAGUCUCAACAAACUAAGCCUUCCCAAGUCAGUCCACCACUGAACGUGCUUCAGAAUACCCAAGGUCGCGAAGUACGGCUGUUGCUGGCAAAGAACAGUAGUGGGCAACAAAAGAUUGUAGCCCAAGUGGUACAGGACCCAAAUCGUGCCACUAGUCCUGUAUUGCAGCAGCGACAAGUGAAUCAGCAGUUUAAGGUCGCACACAUCAAAAGUAUCAGUCCUCAGGAAACAGGGUCGCAUCAGCAAAAUGUGAGCUUAUUGAGGACUUCAGUACUCCAGCCAACAGGCAAGCGUCAGCAGCAGGUGGAAAGUCACGGCGCAGGCAAGCGAGUAGCAGUAGUCCAGAAAGAAGAGCCACUGACGACAUCGUUACAGCGAUGUGGAGAACCAGAGCAGACGGUUCAGCAGGUGGGUGUGUCAAAGCAGACGGUUUCUCAGCAGCAGACAGGUACAUCGCCCCAUCGUAAUCAAGUGAGUAACACGGCAAACACUCCACAUACAUCACCAGAAGACGAUCAUUGUAAUUCUUCUCGAGAGCAGCAGGCGAAUAACUAUAAAAAGCAGCAGGCAAACCUGGCAAAUGAAGUGGAAAGAGAACUCCUUCCCAAUCUGAAGAGUUGUGUCGAGUCUGCAGUGUCACAAAUGGUACCUGCGUACCCAGGGAAAGAGCAGAGUAGGAGGAUGUUGGAAGACCUCGAGGCGGAGGGCCAGCUACAGCAGCAAACUCAAUCUUUGGCACCGUUGAGGAUGCGUUCAACUCUGGAAGAAUUCUGGCAAGAUGAGUUCGAGGAAAUGGAAGUGGAGAUAAAUUGCCGCGAAUCUUCUCUUGCGGAACCAGCGGAGGCAGCUCCUAAGCAUUCUGGGAAUGCAGUGGACGUCCCUUGGUGGAUAAAACCAGGACAGUUUCUAUCGGAUUGGCUGAACGAUGGCUUCUGCUGCAGGUCGGUUGGUGAGAAGCUCUUCCUAGGACACUCCUGCAAUCACAAUCUUCAGGAACUUCCGGGGAACGGUACACAGAGGUUGCUGGGACAAUAUCCUCAUGAUAAAAGGAUGAAGAAUACUAAAGAAGAAAAGAAGCAUUUUAAUUCGGCCCCUCUUCCGCCGCCUAAAGAUUAUAAUAAGGAAAACGAAUCACAGGUGUCACUCCUUGAAUCUAUCAAAGAAUUGGAUUCCUUAAUGAGGCAAGAAAAUUCAUGUCUUGGGCACGCUUCACUAGAAGAUAGGAACAAAGUUGAUAGGGCAGUCAAGUUCGAUAACAUAGACGAUAGUAACUGGAAAUAAGACGAAAGAAAAUUGGAUUAGCAGAAUUUGAAAAAAAAAAGACCUGAGAAAGUGAAGCACGAGAUGGCGUCAUAAAGGUAAGAAGAUAAAACAAACAAAAAUAACUGCAGUUUUUAUAGACGUCUUGAAAUAAUGGUAAAUCUACGUAUGAUGAACUGGCAUGGAAAUUGGUGUAGCAAAGGUUCUUGAAGAAAACCACGGAGACUCUGAAAAGAUAUAUUUACUAUGUAGUUAAGGCAAGAGCAAGUUAUUAUGUUGAAAAAAUAGUGUCCCACAUUUUGUGUAAAAUCGUACACACCAUAUUGUGACACUAAGUGACCACACCUUAGAUUAUAUUUGCAAGAAUUGUGUGUAAAAAUGAAAAUUAAUUCUUUUGUAUUGGAUUGUAAAAUUACGUGAAAUGACACUUAGUGAAAUAAACUGCUGCAGAAAA